UCCACUUCCGUUUCGCGGGCAAAAUUUUCGUAACGAAUCGUUACUAACGGUCAAUUAACGGUGUAUUCAGUUUCAAUUACUGUUGAAUUACUUCGAAAGAGUUGAGCAAGAGUUGUAUUACUGAUAAAAGUUGUUUCGAAAGUGGUUGAAAAAGAAAGAUGCAUGUAUUAAAACGCGAUGGACGUAAAGAAUCUGUUCAUUUCGAUGAAAUAACUGCAAGAAUCGAAACAUUAUGUUAUGAUUUGGAUAUGAAUUAUGUAGAUCCAUCUGCAAUUGCACUUUGUGUUAUAUCUUAUUUAUAUUCUGGAGUUACAACAGUUGAAUUGGAUAACUUAGCAUCUGAAAUUGCAGCAAGUAUGAUCAAUCAACAUCCAGAUUAUGCAAUUUUAGCAGCUAGAAUUGCCAUAUCGAAUCUGCAUAAAGAGACAAAAGAGAUUUUUAGUGAAGUAAUAGCUGAUUUAUACCAUGCAAAAAUCUCUACAAACAAAUGUUUACCUAUAAUUAGUGAAAAAUAUUAUAAAAUUAUUCAAAACAAUGCAAACAAAUUGAAUUCUGCAAUAAUAUACAACAGAGAUUUCAAUUAUAGUUACAAUACAUUUAAAAUAUUGGAAACUGAUCAUUUAUUAAAGCUAAAUGGAAAAGUUGUUGAAAGACCACAGCAUAUGCUAAUGCGAGUUGCUAUAGCUAUUCAUGCCGAAGAUAUUGACAAAGCUAUUGAAACCUACAAUCUUCUGUCAAAACAAUAUUUUGUAUAUCCUGCACAGACAUUAGAUACUGCAUGUACUGUUAAGCAACAAAUGGCUAGCUCAUUUCUGUUGACAAUGUCUGAGGAUAGUAUAGAUGGAAUAUUAGAUACAUUGGAAAGAGCUGCUGUUCUUUGUCAUUAUAAUGGCGAAAUAGGAUUCAAUGUGCAUUGCAUUCGGGCAAAAAAUACACCUAUAAGAGGCACAGGUGGUGUGUCAAAUGGAUUAGUACCUAUGUUGAAAGCAUACAAUACAUCUAUUGCAACUGUUUCUAGAAGAGGCAAAAGUGCAGAACAAAUUACUGUAUAUUUAGAACCAUGGCAUGCUGAUAUUUUUGAGUUUUUGGAUCUCAAAAGGAGUAUUGGUGAGGAGAAAUUGAGAGCUAAAGAUAUGCUUUAUGCAUUGUGGAUUCCAGAUAUAUUUAUGGAACGUGUUUUUGAAGAUAAAGUUUGGAGUCUGAUGUGUCCACACGAAUGUCAUUUCUUAAAUGACACAUUUGGUGAUGAAUUUGGAAUGAUGUAUACAAACUGUGAACUAGAGAAACGCUUUCGAAAACAGAUUAAAGCCAGGGAUUUGUGGAAUCUUAUCAUUCAGACACAAGUUGAAACAGGCACACCAUAUAUUGUUUUUAAAGAUCAUUGUAAUCGUAAAACAAAUCAUCAACAUCUGGGCACAAUUCAAUGCAGUAGUUUCUCCACUGAAAUUGUUCAGUAUUCAGAUUCCAACGAGAUAGCUAUGUGUAAUACAGCUUCAAUCGCUGUCAAUAUGUUUGUAGAUUCUACCAAAAAAACUUUUAAUUUUAAUAAACUUAAAAAAAUUGUAAAAAUUGUCACUUAUAAUUUGGAUAAAAUGAUUGAUAAUAAUUUGUAUCCUCUUCCGGAAAUAAAAUUGUCUUGUGAAAGACAUAGAGCUAUUGGUAUCGGUAUACAAGGAUUAGCAGAUGCAUUUAUCUUAAUGAGAUACCCAUUUCAAAGCAAUGAAGCUAAAGAACUCAAUGUUCAAAUUUUUGAGACUCUCUAUUAUGGUGCUCUAGAAGCAAGUUGCGAACUAGCCAUUGAGAAAGGUCCAUAUGAAACAUAUGAAUUUAGUUCAGUUAGUAUGGGUCUGUUACAGUAUGAUAUGUGGGUACAAUUUGAACAGCCAACAGAUUUAUGGGACUGGAACGAAUUAAAGGAAAAGAUUGAAAAACAUGGUGUGCGCAAUUCUUUAUUAAUAUCACAAAUGUCAGAUGUUUUUAUGGCACAAAUGUUAGAAAGUAAUAUAUCAGUUGAGCCAUAUAGAAGCAAUAUAUAUGUGAUACACGCAUUAUCUAAAGAAUUCCGAUUUGUCAAACCACGUUUGUUGCGGGAUCUAAUUGAAAAAAAUCUUUGGGAUGAAAACAUGUGUAAUAAAAUCAUUAAUAAUAACGGAUCUAUACAAGAUAUUGAUGAUAUACCAGACGAAUUAAAACUUCUGUAUAAAACAGCUUGGGAAAUGCCGCAAAAAAUUAUUUUCGAUAUGGCUGUUUCUCGUGGACCUUUUGUUGAUCAAUCACAAUGUUUAAAUGUUCACAUGACUGAUCCAUUAGAAAAGCUUACAUCUAUGCAUUAUUAUGCUUGGAACUGCGGCUUGAAAUCCAGCAUAUAUCGCAUCAAUGAAUCUAAAAUAUGAUAAAAUAAAUAAUAAAAGUGAUAUGAGUUCAAAUAAAUUCAAAUAAAAAGCAUAAAAAAUAUAUAUAUAUAUAAAAGCUAAAGUAUGAAUGUAUGAAAUUGAAAUGUAUAAAAUUGAAUGAUUGUAUGAGUUUUUCCACAGAAAAAUAAAAAAUAAAA